AUGGGUGGUAAAUACAUUUGCCAGUAUUUCUCCGAUGAAGGAAUAGUUUGUGGGAAUGGAAGUACGCGACCAGAAGGGUGUAGUAUUCACUGGAAAAGACGCCAGCGACCUCUAUGCAAACAAGAUGGGUGUGUAAGACCGACAGCAUCAAAAUAUGGAUAUUGUAAUUUGCAUGUAAAUAAGUCCCAUUCGAAAGCAAAUUAUUACCGGAAGAAGUUAGCUAAGAUGCUUCAGAAUGGGCAGACUCCAGAGACAUUGGGGCAGGCUCUCGAUAGAAUGAAAAGGCCUAAUGCUAUAAGUUGGCCCUAA